UAUGUUAGAGGAGUUGUGGGGGUGUGAUGCCACAACCUGCUUAUAAAGGGGCUCGCACGUUGUAGGCUGUGAAAUCAGUGCACGUCGCCUAAUUUUCAGUGGGUCAGGCCGCCGUCCGCAUAGAGGUGUUCAGCGAGCUGGAGAAAAUGCUGCAUGGGGCCGAGUCUGUUCUGCUGUGGGUCGGGGCGCUCACCACGGCCUCUCUGGCUCUCUGGAUCCUCUACCGACUCCUCUCCGGCUUCAGGAUAUGGGUGAUGGGCAACGGAGACCUGCUCUCCCCCAAACUGGGCAAAUGGGCAGUGGUGACGGGAGCCACAGAUGGAAUUGGGAAAUCCUAUGCGGAGGAGCUUGCUCGACGAGGAUUCUCCAUGAUGCUUAUCAGCCGCACUCAGGAGAAGCUGGAUGACGUUGCACAGUCCUUGGAGCGUCGCUAUAAGGUGGAGACCAAGACAGUUGCUGUAGAUUUUGGUCAGGUUGACAUCUAUCCUAAGAUUGAAACGGCGCUAAGUGGCCUUGAAAUUGGAGUGCUUGUGAACAAUGUAGGCAUUUCUUACCCCUAUCCAGAGUUUUUCCUGCACAUCCCUGAUCUUGACAAUUUCAUCAACACUAUGAUCAAUGUCAAUAUCACCUCAGUGUGUCAGAUGACGCGUCUGGUGUUGCCCAGAAUGGAAGCGAGAGCAAAAGGUGUUAUUCUCAACAUCUCUUCUGCCAGCGGCAUGUACCCAGUCCCACUGCUGACCGUCUACUCCUCCACCAAGGCUUUUGUCGAUUUCUUCUCCCGUGGACUCCAAGCAGAGUACAAGAGCAAGGGAAUAAUCAUCCAGAGUGUGCUGCCUUUCUUCGUGGCCACCAAAAUGACAAAGAUUAGGAAACCCACUCUGGAUAAGCCCACUCCUGACCGCUAUGUAGCUGCUGAGCUGACCACCGUGGGGCUGCAGGACCAGACCAAUGGCUACUUCCCUCAUGCAGUCAUGGGCUGGCUGACCACUGUUCUGGUUCCCAUCAAUUUGGUCAUUUACUUUGGCAUGCGUAUGAACAAGGCUCAGCGAGGCGGCUACCUCAGAAGGAGAAAGCUGAGAUAGGUUGCAGUGAUUGCCUAAAACAGGGUUCUUCAAUCCUGGUCCUACCACCCCCAUCCCCUCCCCACCCUGGCCUGCAUAUGUAUGGCUUUUCCUUUUACCACUACACCCGAUUAAUCUAAUCAGCUCAUUAUCAAGUCCUUUCGGAGUUGCAGUGUGUGUUUGUGUGAGUUAAAGCAGGCAAUCCUCUAAAAGGUGCUGGGUGGGUAGGUAGGUAGGUGCCAGGACCCAGAUUGAAGAACACUGGCCAAAAGGGAAAAGUGCUUUUUCCUUUCUGUUUGUCCAUCAGCUUAGUUUGGAUAUGACUGCCUGACUCUUGUAUCAGUGUUCGAGUAGUUGUGUGUGGAGGCUUUGAAUACUGCCUUGUUUAAGUAGCUUUUUUGUGUGUUUUUUUAUAUAAAUAAUGUUGUAAGAGCUACUGACUGCACAGAUGUCACUGAUGCAUCCUGAAAUGAAGUAGUUCAGACUGUGCCUUAAACCUGGUGAGAUUUCCUAUAGUUUGCUGUUUUGAUUUGGGAGUGGAAGUGGGAUAUAGCUUUUCUGUACAGGGUCUAAAGAGUGCUGCACUGGUGCAUGAAGGGCUCACUUUUCACUGCUGUUGUAAGCAGAUGGUAUUUGAAUGGAAGGUGGGGAUGAUUUAUACAUAUUUUCAUGAGUAUAUAAAAGCCACUCAUGCACCAUGUUUGUUGUUCACUGAUGCCAGUUCCCUGUCGUGUUUGUUUACUAUGAAGAAGGUGAAUUUAUAAAAAAUAUUUUUUCUACAGUUCUUGAACGAUCAAAUGAGAAAUGACAUUUUUAAUCUUUUUCAUGUUUUUGUACCAUUUAUUACAACCUCUUGUAUUUAUGAAAUCAGUGGUGGGGGGCUUUUGGUGUUUUAUUUUUACUAUAUUAUUGCUACUAGAUUCAAUGGUGCUUUUUAUAAUGAGCCACUUUGGACACACCUAUUGUCAAUCUCUGAUCAUUCAGAAUGUGCCUUAUGGUAAUAAUCAGGAAAUUGGUCAGGAUUAUUAAAAGCUGCUGGUCUAUCUCAGACAUAGCAAUGCACUUACUUGCCUUACUUUCUUUCCCUUUUUAACUUUCCACCAAAGAGCAAAUAUGCCAUACUGUAUCUAUUUAUUUUUAUAGGAGGUCUCAUUUUAGCCAUUCUCUCUGGCUUAGGGCUUAGAUCUCUGUACAAUUUUGUCUGGACCAAAGCCAGGUCAAAUUGUAAUGCUCAGGUGUUGCAGCAAAUGGGAAAACUUGAAUUUUUACCUUUCAACAUAUUUAAGAACAAAAACAAAUGUGUGCCUUUGUUCCUUAAUUAUUGUUCUUGUUAAUAAAAUUACCUGUCACAA